AUGGGCUGUGGACAGUCAUCGGGUCGACCUCCGCCCCAAUCUUCCACUGAAUUGACGAUAAAGUCGGCGAUUCUGAUUCAAAAAUGGUAUCGUCGUUGUGCGGCUCGGCUGGAGGCGAGAAGACGGGCGACGUGGAGUAUUUUUACUGCAUUGGAAUACGCCGGGGAGCAGGAUCAAUUAAAAUUGUACGACUUCUUCAGCGACGUCAUCACCACAGUCCUUGAUGAGGAUGGAUCAACGCAAGGACCAUUGCUAGCCGCCCUCAACCACCACUGCAACAAGCCGCAGGGAGCCACCGAAGACGAUGAUGCGAUUCGGAAGCUUCUCGACGAGACGAACCCAAAUCGGUUUCCGAUUGAGAAAGGCUACAAAGGACCAUCGAUUAAAUUACCACUUGACAAGCCGCAAAUCGUUGAGAUGAUUGAUGGAUUUAAAGUGAACAAGGAAAGCCAAUUGUUUUUGAAGAUAACAAUCACUGGUGAUCUUCACGGAAAAUUCGAUGAUUUAUGUAUUAUUUUGUAUAAGAAUGGCUAUCCCUCCGUCGACAACCCAUACAUUUUCAAUGGCGAUUUUGUAGAUCGAGGUGGCCAAUCGACAGAGGUGCUGAUGGUACUUUUGAGUCUGCUCGCUUUGGAUCCAACCGCCGUGACGUUAAAUCGAGGAAACCACGAAGAUCAUAUCAUGAAUCUCAGAUAUGGCUUCGUCAAAGAGCUGAUGACAAAAUACAAGGAAGUUGCUGCUCCGAUUGCCCGAUUGAUGGAAGAAGUGUUUGCGUGGUUGCCGAUAUGCACGGUUGUGGAUAGAGAGAUUUUCGUUGUUCACGGUGGUAUUUCGGAUCGGACCGAUCUGGCCGAGCUUGAGAAAGUGCAAAGGAAUAAGUACGUUUCUGUUCUUCGACCGCCAAUUCGAAAAGAAGAAGAUGGUAAACCGAGUGUGAAUAUGGAUGAAUGGAAACUCGUGCUAGACGUACUCUGGUCAGACCCUAAGCAACAUAAAGGAUGCUGGCCAAAUGUAUUCCGAGGUGGCGGAUCAUAUUUUGGUGCUGAUGUGACGCAAACCUUUUUGGAAAAAAACAACUUCCGCCUAAUUGUGCGGUCACACGAAUGUAAAUUCGAAGGCUACGAGUACACCCAUAACAACAAUGUGCUCACGGUAUUCUCGGCUUCAAAUUAUUAUGAAGUCGGCUCGAAUCGUGGUGCAUACGUUAAAUUUAUUGGGAAGAACAAGCAGGCCCAUUUCGUCCAAUAUAUGGCGAGUAAAACACAUCGGAAGACGACGUUGCGACAGAGAGUAUCAGCCGUGGAAGAAUCUGCAUUGAGAGAUCUUCGAGAUAAGCUUACUUCUUUUGCAUCCGAGUUACAGUCUGAAUUUGCAAAAUGUGACCCGGACAAAACAGGAAAAAUUACCGUGCACCGCUGGAGCGAAUGCGUCGAAAACGUCACGCAGCUGCAACUCCCCUGGCAUGCGUUGGCCAAUCGAUUAGCAACCUGCACGGACGACGGGAAAUACGUAAUGUACAAAGAAGAUCUACCGCUUAUUGCUGUUGGCAAGAAGCAAGCUAAAGAUGAUCGAGACGUCGUCGAAGCCCUUUAUCGUCAUAAGCAGACCCUGGAGACGUUAUUCCGUUUUAUGGAUAAAGACAAUUCCGGAAACGUGUCCAUGGGAGAAUUUAUUGAGGCGAUUGGGGUGAUCGGGCAAUAUACUAAAAAGGCGUUAUCACCAAAUGAUAUCCGGCAGAUUGCCGAAAGUAUUGAUUUUAAUAAGGACGGGUUUAUUGAUUUGAAUGAAUUGUUGGAGGCGUUCCGAAUUGUGGAUAGCCAGGGCCAACCAUUAGUGGGCGGAGCACCAAAUGGACAGCCACCUGCCAUUGCGCAUGCC